CCCAAUGUUCACAUACAAGUAAUGGUCCAGAAGAUAAAAAACCUCAACCAGAACUCGUUCAAGUUAGAAAAUUUGUUAUAGAUAAUAUCAUUCGUUCAUUCAAAAGUGCCAUUUCCUCUUCUGACCCAAUAGAGGCUAAGUAUGGUAGACUUUUGGCUUUAGCAGAGUUAUGUUAUGCUAUUCUGACGGCACGUACAAGUACAAAUAAUAAUGCAAACAAACCUGUCGAAGAUGGUCACGCUAGCAUUGCUAAAAUUAUGUUGGAUAAAAAUUUUGUAAAUACUUUAACGGAUGCUCUUGCUGAAGUUGAUCUAAAUUACCCUUCAGCGAGAAUAUUGAUAAAUGCCUUAUUAAAACCUUUCGAGUUUCUUACGAAGGUUGCUAUCAAAUUGGGUCGAUCUCCUGAACCUGAAAAAGUUGAAAAAAAUAAACGUCGUGAAAGUAUUUCAUCCAUUUCCACACCUUCUGCUGAUGAAAUGGAACCAGAAGAAUCAGAAGAAGCACCUGACCUAUAUGCAACUUCUUCACUAGGUGCUCUUGAAGGAAGAACG